AUGGACUGUGCUAUAUCCACAUUGCUCAACGGCCGCCAGCAGGGCCGACUAACGUCCCACCAGUUCUCUAACCCGAGUCAAUCAAGCAACGUCGUGACCAUCCCUGAUGCAGACCUUGGUAGGAAUGCCACAGGCGCCGCCAUCACCAAGUUGGAAGACAUUCUCGUUUCGGUCCAGGAGUCUCUGAAUCGGAACGAAGAGAUGUCUAUCCCCUACAGGUGCCGCCCAUCGUCGGCCAGUCAAUCCGCCAGCAGCUCUGUCAGCUCCCGGCUACCCCGAUCUGCGGUUCGUUUCCCUGGCCGAACGGUCCAUGAAGCCACCAAAUUCAGUGCCUCGCUUGAUGCGCAUCUUGCAGAUGUCUCUCGGCGCCCUGACAGCGGGCAGAACCAUCACCAAGAGGUCUGUAGCAGCCACGCUCCUGCCUGCUUACACCGGGCUUUGCUAAAGGCAAGGAAACGCAGGAGCAUCUACUAUCAAGAUGAGCAUCUGUUCAAGCAGCAGAGCAUUGUCGACAACCUCGUUGAUGACCUGGCCUACACUCUAGGACUUGGCCGCGAGGACCUGGGCAUCGUUGCCACGAGUAAAGGCUUGGUGGCAGGUCCCAUCUUGAUCCGCACCAAGCCUCAAUCUGACCUCGACCCAAUCCGGGGAACGCCGUCCGAGCUCGACGCGUCUUCAAGUGCUACAGUACGGUCGUCGAGGAUUGCACCGUUCUGGCGAGGCUGGCUGACUAUCUUAGGAGAAAUCUCUCAGAUUGAUUUUGGUCCCGUGCGAUGGGUACUGGUCAUCGAGAAAGACGCCACCUUCCGCACACUGGCUGCGAGGAGAUACUACGACACAUCUACUUGUGGAAGUGGCAUUCUAAUCACGGGUAAAGGCUAUCCGGACCUCGUCACGAAGCAGUUUCUUCACCUCAUCCACGACGUAAAACCGGAGCUGCCAAUCUUGGCCCUUGUGGAUUACGACUAUGACGGCAUCGCCAUCAUGCGAUGUUACAGCCAUGGUUCGCGAGGGCAUGCGCAUGAAAGAAACACAGUCGUCCCCAGCAUGGCAUGGCUCGGUAUCAAGAGCGGCGACCUCGCGCCCCGUCAAGAGGAGGGCUCUGAUGGCAGCCAGAGACCGCUUGGGCCCAACUUGUUCGAGCACUCAAGCUCCAUCACUAGGAAAGACAGAAAAUCGGCAGCCAGGUUAAUCAGUGGAAUUGAUGAGGACGGCACUGAUUACGACAUUGAUUGCAGGCGGGAGUUACAAGUUAUGUUGUUUUUGGGCGCCAAGGCGGAAAUUCAGGCUGUGGACGACGCGGGCGACACAUCGAGUUGGCUCGACAGUCACAUGAAGGAGCGUUUAUUCACCUCAUAG